AUGGCAAUUUGGCUAAUGUUAGUGCUUAUGUUGUCUGGUGCAAUUUAUCCUAAACCAUUCUCAACACAUGCUACCAACACAAAAAAGACCAAACCUAUUGGCUUCCCUUUUUCAUUCAUUCAGCGAGAGCAAGCACAAGCCUCGCUUAAUGCAAAACCUGUUGGGCCAUAUAAAGAGAAGUUUUACACACAAAUUCUUGAUCACUUCAACUUCAAUCCAAACAGCUACAAAACAUUCCAACAGAAGUACUUAAUCAAUGACACUUUCUGGGGUGGCCCCAAAGAAAAUUUCCCGAUAUUCGUCUACACGGGAAACGAGGGCAAAAUCGAAUGGUUCGCACAAAACACCGGCUUCAUGUUCGAAAUUGCGCCCCAUUUCAAAGCUAUGUUAGUUUUCAUCGAG